CGCCAUCUUGUCGGCGGUUGGAGGCGCCGCUCGGAACCCGCUCUCUUUCCCUCCGGACUCGGCGCCAUGGCCAACAACUGCCCCUUGGCGGGCGCCGGGAACUGCCACGCUCCGCCCCAGCAGCAGCCCUCCUCCGGCGCCCUUCCGGCGCCCAUGCUCCCCCAGCCUGGCCCCGCGGGGAUGGCGCUCUCCCCUCCGCCGCCGCCGCCUCUGGCCCUGCCUCCGCUGCAGAGCGCGGGCCCGAAGCCGGCGGCCUCCGGGAAGCAGGGCAACGUGUUGCCUCUGUGGGGGAACGAGAAGACCAUGAACCUCAACCCCAUGAUCCUCACCAACAUCCUCUCCUCGCCCUACUUCAAGGUGCAGCUCUACGAGCUCAAGACCUACCACGAGGUCGUCGACGAGAUCUACUUCAAGGUUACACAUGUUGAGCCUUGGGAAAAGGGGAGCAGAAAAACAGCAGGCCAGACAGGGAUGUGCGGAGGGGUGCGUGGUGUUGGAACUGGAGGUAUAGUGUCUACAGCUUUUUGUCUCCUCUACAAGUUAUUUACCCUGAAGCUUACCCGUAAGCAAGUGAUGGGACUCAUAACGCAUACAGACUCCCCAUAUAUUAGGGCCCUUGGAUUCAUGUAUAUUAGGUACACACAGCCUCCAACAGAUUUAUGGGACUGGUUUGAAUCCUUUCUUGAUGAUGAGGAGGACCUUGAUGUGAAAGCAGGUGGCGGCUGUGUCAUGACCAUUGGAGAAAUGCUGCGUUCCUUCCUUACUAAGCUUGAAUGGUUUUCGACAUUAUUUCCAAGAAUUCCUGUACCAGUCCAGAAGAACAUUGAUCAACAAAUAAAAGCUAGACCUAGAAAAAUCAAGAAGGAUGGCAAGGAGGGUCUAGAAGAAGUAGACAGACAUGCAGAGCGUAGACGUUCAAGGUCUCCAAGGAGGUCCUUGAGUCCCAGGAGGUCACCUAGAAGAUCAAGAAGUAGAAGUCGUCAUCGAGAAGGUCGUGGAUCAUCCAGUUUUGAUAGAGAAUUGGAAAGGGAAAGGGAGCGGCAGAGGCUAGAACGAGAAGCCAAAGAGAGAGAACGAGAAAGGCGACAGUCCCGAAGUUCUGAUCGGACGUUAGAACGUCGGCGAAGUAGAAGCCGAGAGAGGCACAGAAGUCGAAGCCGUGAUCUAAAAGGUGACAGAAGAGAGAGGGAAAGGGAGAAAGAAAAUGAACGAAGCAGAAGGAAGGAUCGUGACUAUGAAAAAGACAGAGGAAUUGAAAGGGAUAGAGAGCGGUCUAGAGAGAGAGAUCGUUCAAGAGAAAAAUCAAAAGAUCGAAAAAGUAAAAGUGAAAUAGAUGAGAGGAGGCAUAAAGAUGAAAAAGACGAAAGGAAACAUAGAGAUGAGAAAAGAGAUUCCAAAAAAGAGAGGAGACAUAGCAGAAGCCGAAGUAGGGAUCGGAAGCAUAGGAGUAGAAGUGUGAGUAGGAAUGCUGGCAAGCACAGUAGAAGUAGGAGUAAAGAGAAAUCAAGUAAACACAAGAGUGAAAGUAAGGAGAAGUCAAAUAAGCGAAGCAGAAGCAGAAGCAGAGGAAGAACUGAUAGUAGUGAAAAGUCCCGAAAACGAGACCGUAGCCCCAGUAAAGAGAGAUCACGAAAACGUAGUAAAAGCAAAGAACGUUCCCAUAAACAUGACCACAGUGAUAAGGACCACUCAAACAAACAUGACCGGAGGAGCCAAAGUACAGAACGAGAGAAUCAAGAAAAGCAAUCUAAAAACAAAGAUGAGACUGUAUGAAUGUUCAGAAGUGGAUCACAUUGAAUCCUAUAAAUGUUUUGAAACCUUGCUUAUUUUUUUUUCUUAAAGUUAUGAUUGUGCAGUAGUUGAUGAGCACUCUUCAACCUCCCUUUAGGCUGCAGAUUGUCAUUUCCUAUUUUGAGUAGGGAAGUGCCUUUGUAAUCCCAUUAAAUGCAUUGACUAUUCCAGGCCAUUUGUUUAGUUAAAUUCAUGAUGCAAAUCUGUUUGUGCAUUUUUUAAAUUGUUCAAAUGUUUCUGAAAUGUACAAUCUGUACAUAUGUCCUGAAACUGUUCUAAUCCCUUCGGCAUGGGUUGCCAUGUUGGUUAAAUUUGUAUACGGCAAUAAAACUGCCACUAAUUCUACUUUGUUUUAUAGAUGUGGAAUUAUGGUUUCUAUCUGAAUUAGCAUGGCUGUGCUUUGCAUAAUAAUAUGGCAGAAGCUUUUAAGGAUGGGUUUUGAACAUGUAUUAUAUCUAAAAUAUUUAUGUGCAUUCGACAUCCAUGAAGGUUGCAGUUCUAGAACUCUUGUGUCCAUUUGUACCACUUGUCUUGGAAACCAUUUAAAAUACAGUUUAAUUGUGAAACUCAAGGAAGUAUUACAUGUAGAGUAGGCUUUCAAAGGAGGUAGCAAUUAAAGGCAGGGACUGUGGUUUUCCUGAGGUCUAUGUCAUAGCUGAGGUCAAUGCUGCCUCAUUGGGACACCGUUAAGGUUGAUACAUCUAUGUAUCAUAUCCGUGUAGACUUGCUGGGUAGGUUGUAUUCUUCAUGUAAACAUUAUUUCAGUACAAUAUCCCUAGUUUUGUUUCGUUUGUUUUUUAUGUGCCACUGCCCUGUCAUUCAUAAAGUAGUCCUAUGAUAAACAAAGGUAAAAGAAACUGAGUAAAGGGAGGCCAGAAAGCAAAAUAAGGCCAGUCAGCGAGCUUCAGGUUCAAGUUUCCAAUUACUAUAUUUUUUACAAAUCAUUUAAGCAAAACAUCUCCACGAAGUUCUUUUUUUUAAAUGCAUUAAUUUUUAGGAGGACUUGGGAUCACUGCUUGAGUUGAAGAAUUUCUCUCUAGAAAGAAAAAAAUAGCUAAAUUUUUAAAACACUGGUUACUUGUGAGAAAAUGUCAAAAUGCAGUGUUGGAAGAGAAAUCAUAUCACAAAAGUAAUAUCUGUUUGGUAGACUUGUUCUAGUGACCUGUAUAAGAAAUAUAAAAUCUCUGGAAUAAAGACUGGAUUAAUUUAUUUGUGGCUAUCCCCAGUUCAUUGCCAGGAAAAAAAUGUCAUUUCAGGCUUGUUUUUCAUAAACGAUAGACCAGUUCAAAGAGUAAAUUACCUCUAGCGUACACAUUAGACAGGCCAACAUGUUAAGUGUGUUAUAACUGAGGCACGUACUUUAAUAAACUUUUUAUACCAUUUGGUAAAUAUCCUUUCAGUUCACUGGUGUUUAUCAAGCUGUUAAAUAUGCAGGCUUAAUGGGGUGAAAAUACGUUGUCCAUCCUCAUCCAGGAAAUAUACAGAUAGAUGUAUUUUGGACAUUUUGUGGUAUCUGGGUUUUUUGUUUACAUCCAGCAUUUUGGCCCUUUCGUUAUACAGUAUUGUGAAUAGGUUCUCAAUAAUGGCUCACUUGGUGGGAGAGGUGGUAUCAGAAGUAUUGUGGUUAUUACACAGCAGAUUAAAAAUGACAUUUGGUUCUCAAGUUGUGUAUGUCGAAAACACUGAUUACUUCAAAACCUCUGGAAAGAUGAGCAAGAGUGUCAUCUGACUGUUACAUACUAUAAGUAUCACAAAAGUAAAAGCUACUGUUUGAUUUGCAAUGAAAUGGUGUGACUUGAGCCAGACAUAAUGGUAUCACAAGAGUAAAAGCUACUGUUUGAUUUGCAA